GUUUUUAUUGGGGCUCAUUUUUGGGGUGAAACCAGGGCGGAUUGGGGUCAAAAUGAGGCUUUUUUGGGGGGGUUCCUGGAUGGGGGGGGGGGGUUGGGUCCCUGGAUCCACUCUUGGGUGCCACCAUCCCCCAUGGGUGCCAAAAUCUGGGCUCCCAGUGCCAAAAUCUGGGUCCUGGAUCCAUUCUUGGGUGCCAGCAUCUCCCAUGGGUGCCAGAAUCUGCGUCCUGGAUCCACUCUUGGGUGCCAUCAUCCCCCCAUGGGUGCCACCAUCUUCAAUGGGUGCAGAAAUCUGGGCUCCCAGUGCCAAAAUAUGGGUCCUGGAUCCACUCUUGGGUGCCAUCAUCAACCAUGGGUGCCAGCAUCUCCCAUGGGUGCCAAAAUCUGGGUCCUGGAUCCACUCUUGGGUGCCAUCAUCAACCGUAGGCACCAAAAUUUGGGAUCCUGAGCCACCCUUGGGUGCCAUCAUCCCCCAUGGGUGCCAAAAUCUGGGUCCUGGAUCCAUUCAUGGGUGCCAUCAUCAACCAUGGGUGCCAUCAUCCCCCAUGGGUGCCAAAAUCUUGGGUCCUGCCUCCACUCUUGGGUGCCAUCAUCAACACUGGGUGCCAUCAUCCCCCAUAGGUGCCAAAAUCUGGGCUCCCAGUGCCAAAAUCUGGGUCCUGGAUCCAUUCUUGGGUGCCAGCAUCUCCCAUGGGUGCCAGAAUCUGCGUCCUGGAUCCACUCUUGGGUGCCAUCCAUCCCCCCAUGGGUGCCACCAUCUUCAAUGGGUGCCAAAAUCUGGGCUCCCAGUGCCAAAAUAUGGGUCCUGGAUCCACUCUUGGGUGCCAUCAUCAACCAUAGGGUGCCAGCAUCUCCCAUGGGUGCCAAAAUCUGGGUCCUGGAUCCACUCUUGGGUGCCAUCAUCAACCGUAGGCACCAAAAUUUGGGAUCCUGAGCCACCCUUGGGUGCCAUCAUCCCCCCAUGGGUGCCAAAAUCUGGGGUCCUGGAUCCAUUCUUGGGUGCCAUCAUCAACCAUGGGUGCCCAUCAUCCCCCAUGGGUGCCAAAAUCUGGGUCCUGCCUCCACUCUUGGGUGCCAUCAUCCCCCAUAGGUGCCAAAAUCUGAGCUCCAGUGCCAAAAUCUGGGUCCUGGAUCCAUUCUUGGGUGCCAAAAUCCCCCAUGGGUGCCAAAAAUCUGGGUCCUGGAUCCAUUUUCGGGUGCCAUCAUCCCCCCAUGGGUGCCACCAUCUUCAAUGGGUGCCGAAAUCUGGGCUCCCAGUGCCAAAAUAUGGGUCCUGGAUCCACUCUUGGGUGCCAUCAUCAACCAUGGGUGCCAGCAUCUCCCAUGGGUGCCAAAAUCUGGGUCCUGGAUCCACUCUUGGGUGCCAUCAUCAACCGUAGGCACCAAAAUUUGGGAUCCUGAGCCACCCUUGGGUGCCAUCAUCCCCCAUGGGUGCAAAAUCUGGGUCCUGGAUCCAUUCAUGGGUGCCAUCAUCAACCAUGGGGUGCCAUCAUCCCCCAUGGGUGCCAAAAAUCUGGGUCCUGCCUCCACUCUUGGGUGCCAUCAUCAACACUGGGUGCCAUCAUCCCCCAUAGGUGCCAAAAUCUGGGCUCCCAGUGCCAAAAUCUGGGUCCUGGAUCCAUUCUUGGGUGCCAGCAUCUCCCAUGGGUGCCAGAAUCUGCGUCCUGGAUCCACUCUUGGGUGCCAUCCAUCCCCCCAUGGGUGCCACCAUCUUCAAUGGGUGCCGAAAUCUGGGCUCCCAGUGCCAAAAUAUGGGUCCUGGAUCCACUCUUGGGUGCCAUCAUCAACCGUAGGCACCAGAAUUUGGGAUCCUGAGCCACCCUUGGGUGCCACCAUCCCCCAUGGAUGCCAAAAUCUGGGUUCCCAGUGCCAAAAUCUGGGUCCUGCCCCCAUUCUUGGGUGCUGUCAUCAACCAAGGGUGCCAAAAUCUGGGUCCUGGAUCCACUCUUGGGUGCCAGCAUCUCCCAUGGGUGCCAAAAUCUGGGCUCCCAGUGCCAAAAUCUGGGUCCUGGAUCCAUUCUUGGGUGCCAUCAUCCCCCAUGGUGCCAAAAUCAGGGUCCUUGAUCCAUUCUUGGGUGCCAAAAUCCCCCAUGGGUGCCAACAUCUGGGCUCCCAGUCCCAAAAUCUGGGUCCUGCCCCCACUCUUGGGUGCCGUCAUCAACCAUGGGUGCCAAAAUCUGGGCUCCCAGUGCCAAAAUCUGGGUCCUGGAUCCAUUUCUUGGGUGCCACCAUCCCCCAUGGGUGCCAAAAUCUGGGUUCCCAGUGCCAAAAUCCGGGGUCCUGCCCCCAUUCUCAGCUCGGCUGA